AUGGUAAAGAAAGCUUCGGGUUCACCCUCUGCAAAGAGGAUGAGGGUGGCUGUGCAUAACAAGGUGCAGACUUCAGACAGCACUGGGGUUCCCAGCGCUAACAUGCCUGAUAUCCCUUCUGAUCCAGGAGAGACAGAUGACCCCAACACAUCUCCAGGUCCACAAGGAGACCUGGAUGUGCCAGGCCCUUCUCAGUCCACGACCACGGUUGUACCUGCUGUGGUCAUACCUCCUCCCCCUGAGGAAGACCCACCUGACGUGCCAGUUGGACCUGAUCCGUUCGUUGACGCAUCUGGUUCCCCUGAUCCUCCCAGAUCGGGUGAAGUGCUAGGGCUUGGUGAUGGCCCUGACAACCCAGUUGAGGUCGUCGAUAGGACUUGUGGGCUUGGAUUUAUCACCCUAGCCCUGGAUUGGCUGGAAUUCCUCUAA